AUGGCAAAACAUUUGGAUUCUCAUCACGUGAAUUUGCCGAACGUUAAAGCGCCCAAACCAAACAAUCGUCUACCGUUUAUCAUGGCGAGUUCGACUUUGGCGCUCUCCUCUCCGCUUCACUGGACAAAUUUGAAUUAUCGAGCUUCAUUUGUACCAAUCACGCUCCAGAUUUAUUUCCAAACUCAGGCUGUUGGAAUCUCCUGUCAUUAUUCUUGCCUUGAAGUUAAGGAUGUCUACUAUCGACCCCCAGGGACCCAGCUCAACAUUUUAAAUGGAAUUAGUUUCUCCCUUCCUGAGAAAAGUUUUGGCCUGAUUUUUGGACAGAGUGGAAGUGGAAAAACUACUCUCUUGCAGCUUCUUGCAGGACUAAGCAAACCAACAUCGGGUUCCAUUUACAUUAAAAAAUAUAGGAAUGAUGACAAACCAAAUGAGUCCCCUGACUCGUUACUCGCUGAAAGAGUUGGCAUUGUGUUUCAGUUUCCAGAGAGGUAUUUUGUGGCAGAUACUGUGCUUGAUGAAGUUAUCUUUGGGUGGCCAAGGCAAAGUGGUGAUCUUCAAUUGAAGGAGUACCUUACUCUGAAUCUCCAAAGAGCUAUUAAUUGGGUUGGAUUUGGUGGGAUCUCUUUGGAUAAGGACCCUCAUUCUCUAAGUGGUGGCUAUAAGCGUCGGCUUGCAUUGGCAAUUCAAUUGGUACAAAUCCCAGAUUUAUUGAUAUUGGAUGAACCUCUUGCUGGUCUGGAUUGGAAGGCACGUGCAGAUGUUGUGAAGCUUUUGAAGCACAUGAAAGAAUUAACUAUACUUGUUGUUAGUCAUGACCUCAAAGAGUUGGCAACUAUAGUUGAUCGAUCUUGGAGGAUGGACAUGGGUGGAACUUUGAGAGAAGAGCCCCUACCAGUGUAAUUUGGAACUCAGCUUGUGUCUACCUCUUCAAAACAUGAUGCUAUGAGGCAUGACUAUGACAUCUUUCAGCAGUUGAAGCUUGUCUUCUGAAAUGCCUUUCAUUGCCAUGUAUAGAAUUCUUCUGCAGAGCCCACUUAAACAGAGUUGCCAACUGUCUUUUAUCAACAUGUCCCACAAGUAUCUGUGGAAGUAGCAUUAAGCUAAGAAGAAGCUGUUGUAGCCUAGAGACAAAAGCCAUGCAGGCAUUUUCAGUUUGAGACACACUUCAACGAGUUGGGGUCUGGUAAUUGAAGCACCACAGGUAAAGUUACUAAUGUUGACAAAGUGCGGAUAUACUUCUAUGGUUUGUGUCUAUUUAUAUAGAUCAAUGGUGUUUAUCAUGCGACAUGUAAUCAAAUUCUAAGAUCUCAA